UUUUAGCCGCAAUACUGGGAGACAUGCACCGCAUCAAAGGCAAUGUGACGCGCGUGGGAAGCGUAGCCUACGCACCUCAGUUGCCAUGUGUACACAAUAUGACAAUUAGAGACAACAUCCUCUACGGGAAGGCGAUGGACCACGCUUUCUACGAGAAAGUGAUUCGAAACUGUCAACUGGUAAAUGACAUCAACAAGCUGCAAACGGGAGACAUGACCGAAGUCGGCGAGAAGGGCACGAACCUGAGUGGCGGACAGAAGCAGCGCAUCUCUCUAGCCCGUGCUGUUUACAGCCAGAGCGACAUCUACCUGCUGGACGACCCUCUCACCGCUCUUGACCCUGUCGUUGCUAGUCGGGUGUUCAGAGACGUCAUCGGAAGCCGUGGCAUGCUCAGGAGCAAGACGCGGAUCGUAGUCUGUAACCAAGGGCAUUUCCUGCGGCACAUGGACAAGCUUGUCUUGGUUGACGGGAAGCGCAUCAAAAUCUACGAUAAGCUUGAAGAUCUCGUAUCAGACCCGGACUCGCCCCAGAACUUUCGAGAAGCUCUCGAACAGUGCACGUCCCAACGCUCUAAUCAAAUGCGGUGA